AUGCGAGGAGGUCGAUCGAGGCCUCGUGACUAUGUCUACAGCUUACCAGAUACCGCAAGCUUUCAAGAACCGUCGGUGCAUCAUGGGAAAAUGCGUACUACUACUGAAGACACAGCAGUUGACAUCGUUCUAGGAGUUUCUGCCGAGACUGUCCAUGCGAUCACAGUGCAGCAGAACAAGAUGAUGUUCCAGUCUCCUCUUAGCGUUAUGAAGGAGAUUGUAUGGGAUUAUAGUGAAAAGUCUGUACACUUUGUUCUGGACGAUGGCGCGAUAUCCCCAACGUUCGUCUUCCCAGUACUAACGGAGCUAGAGGCACAUUUUACUGCAAUUCUGGCACUCCCUGACCUUGAGAAACCUCCUCAACAAAUCUACAUUGGAGUUCUCAUCGGACAGAAGCUGCCGUCUCCUAUUCAACAGCGUCGGGCGUUAGUUGGCUUCAGUCAACCUGCUUUGCUACCAAUGACCAAGCGUCGAGAACUGCUGAGAAAUGAGCAACCGGUACGUAAUGCUGCGAGUCGCGAACGAUUGGGACUGGAGUUCAUCAGAAGUAGCUUUCUUUGCUUCACCUGUUCUAUUGGCAGUGAUCUACGCGGUCUCACAUUGGGCGUUCAGCAACUUCGUGUGUUCCCGUCACCAGACUGUCAUGACCGCAGUGCGUGUUUGUUCUCCUACUCGUAUGAGAAUUUAGAGAGCUGUGAAGUAUCUGGAACACGACUGGAACUGCGCUUUAGAACGAUCCAUCAACUGACCAAGCAACCAAGUUAUCUGGUGUUUCAGAGUCUGGAGUCUCAGUAUAUCCGCGAGGCGAUCUGGUACUUCAAGAAUGGAACGUACAUGGACGCCUCUCUUCGAGAAUUCCUAAGUUCUCCUAGAUCGAGCAAUGACGGUAUUAGAGGCUCCCAUCGAGGGGGUGUGUUGAUGUUCUUCAGUGAUACUGGCAGUCUCAAGCAACGGAUCGACGCAUGUUGUCGAGUCAUUGGAUGUGAGAACCUCGUGGAGUUGAACGACCGAAGCGCUAGUAGACAAGAUGAAGCUUCGGCCUCCAAUGCGAUAAUCAACUUUGGACAACUGAGUCACACAUCUCGAGUCUUGACGAGUGGGUUGUGUGAAUUCCACGCUUCUUGUCUCUCAUCAUCACCAAACAAAAGGAAUUCGAGACAAAAGUCACGGGACAAGACUCCCGUUCCGAAGACGAUGAAGCCGUUGAUAGCACUACUCCAGUCGACGCAUUACACAAAAAUGUUCAAAUUCCAAGGACAAUUACUCAAGCGACAGAACGCACGUACGUUCCAUCUACGGAAGAUCUGGCAUCAGAAGUUUGUUGUCUUGUUUGAGACUCCAGUCGGAGGAUUUCUCUGCUAUUAUGACAAGAUAACUCAUUGUCCAGGGAUGACAGACACACCCAAGGAGCGACGAAUUAUCGACUUAAGCUCGGUUUUGUCUAUCCGACCGGUAUCUUCUUCAAGUCCAGUAAGAAGUAACACCAACACGUCAACGAUGCACGCAUUCGACGUUGUGACUCUGUAUCGGACGUGGACUUUUGCAGCUUUGGAGCCUGAACAGUACGAGAUAUGGCUACAUGUUUUAACUGAAUGCGUCGAGAAGCAUGCAACUAUCGCUCCUGAUAAAAUACUACGAUUCCCAGUGAAACCAGCGAUGACGAGUCAAACGUGUCCAAGUGAAGCUACGUCGAUCGAAAUUUCUUCACACGGUGUAUCAUUUUGUACGGGUCAUGAAGCGGAGGUUCUAUUGAGCACGUGGUAUUAUACUGAUCUCGAAAAAUGGUCGGUUGUGUUUCAACAAGGGCAUUUGUGCUGCCUGCUCAAGUGUCGAAGUCCGGCCCCAGCAUCUCCAUCCUCACCGAGGAAUAUUGGGAGUGAUAUAGUCACUCAAGACUUCUUGUUUCGGACGACAGAAGCUAGCACGAUAUGUUUGGCUAUUGAGUUUUAUGUGGGGAAAUGCAUGGCAAAGCUGGAGGUGCUUGCUGGGAAGUUUCUGGAGGAAACUCAAAAGAGUAAGAGAGAAUUGGUGAAUGACCCAGCCACGACCAAACGUGGUGCUAUUCCAAAACUGCAAUCGGUGAGAGAACACCCGAUUGAGAAUGUAUCACUUGCACCAGUGGGGAGUCCCGAACACGUCAAGGAGAACGCGACUGUGGUUGAUCUUUUGCCACUAGCGCAACAGGAAAAGAUGUUGAUCAAGGCAGUGUCUAAGAUCGAUGAGAUCAACUUUCCUACUACGGCUGAGGCUCGAAACGUGACAAGUGCAAAUACAGACACGCAGACGUUAAUUGACCUGGAAGGUAUUGUGCAAGAGCGCAUGCAAAACACUUUACCAUCCGCCAGUUCGAAUGGUAAACGGAUUAACGAAAUUAAUUCUUUUGGGAUGGAGAGCAACAUCACGAUGGAAGAAAUUCCAGCGUCAACAAAUCGGCCGAUAAUGCACCUAAUGGACUCACAAGACAGCCUGGGCGCCCCGCAUGAAACUGACACUUCGACAGUGAAAUCCCUCACAGAAGGCGUACCACCAUUGGUGUUGUCUGGAUUACCGAACUCAGUUGCAGGUAAUGAUGUUUUGAGCGAGUUGGAGAGCAUCGAUCUCGGGGAUUCAGUCGUCAAUACCAUCUAUAGUCAGGGAGAUAACAAGCCACACGAAGGCGAAACCGUAUCAACGCAUGACGAAGAAAAGCAAGUUUCGACAUCCUUGCCCGAAAUGCGCCUUGAUAUCGAAAAGAUUCGUCGUGUCGAGGAAUGGGAUGAAUCGACGAACAAGACCCUUCCAAAUGGUAUCGACGUCUCAACACCACACGAAGAUUGCGUGGUCUCGCCUUCCAGCAAGAAUAUCAAGUCUUUCCCACCUCUCGAUAACCUCCAGGCGCCACUGUCUUCACUACCUCCAAUGCUGCUGCUCACGUACUCCCCGUCGUGGCCUGAUGAAUCCGUUAUCGAAGACAAAAUGAAGCAGCGAACACCGCCUGAAGAAGUUGAAGAAGACGAUCGAACGUCGGAAUGUGACGCCUCUGAACGAUCCGAUGCGUUCAACUCGUGCGCUUCAUUUACUGAAGCUAUCACUAGUUCAGACGCAAUAGAAGACCCAGAUAUUCUUCCGCCUAUGGACUGCGAUGAAGUAUUCGAAGAUGCCAAGGAACCACUCGACUAAUAGCAUAGGAUAGAACAACUAGCAAACGGUAAAAUACGAGCUAUAGAUUUCACGAG